AUGGCUAGUCAGCAAAAAGGAGAAGAAGAUCAGCCAAGCACUAGUCACCCUGCUGCUGGUUUUGGGGCAAUGGUAGUAGAACGAUAUCGAAAAAUCAGAGAGCAUGCAGAAACUUAUCCCUAUGUGUGGGCUUCAUAUAUUGUUGUAUAUGGUGGUUUCGGCCUCUGGACUACCUAUAGAUGGAGAAAGCUUCGUAAAACUGAGGACAGAGUGCGAGCUCUUCAAGAGAGGCUACGCAAACUUGUUGAAACUGAAGAGGGUGCCAGCUCCACCAAGUCUGUUGAAAAGGCUCCAUCAUCCUCUGAAAAAACAACCAAAUAG